AUGCCCUCCGAUACUCGAGAGGGUACCCCUCCCACAACCAGCGAUGGCCGAUCCCCAUCUCCCGGCGAGAAGCGCUCGGCUUCGGAGAUCACGGACUCUGACCCGGAAGGAGGCGUGAGCACCGUUACUGGGAACGCGCGCACGGGAAACGCUGCGUCCAAUGAAUCCACCUAUCCGACUCCUUCGAGCUCCGGCAAUAAGACCGAUUCCUCUUCCCCCCGCGAGCAAUCGGACUCGGAGACACAGAAUGCCGAUGCCUCGCCCUCGAUCGAUGAGCAAGUGGCGGAGGUGAACGAGCUGAUGGCCGAACCGAAGAAGGACGGACAGAAGGGGUACGUGGUCUCGAUGACUUGGCUCAAAAAGGUGCUCGCACGCUCGACCUCUCAUGCGGACCACACAAACGACUCAGAGGACAACAACAUCGGACCUGUUGACAACGUCGAUCUCGUGCUCGAUACCGACCCGGCCGCCGCCGGUUUCAAGGAUGAGGCCGGGGAGGUCUUUGUAUCUAUGCGCCCCGGCUUACACGAGACUGUAGACUUUGUGAUUGUGCCACAGCAAGGCUGGGAUCUGAUUAAGAAGUGGUACGGCUUGGCCGAGCUAUCGCCAAUAAUUGUCCGCUACGCCCACAAUGUCAGCCAACCUGGCGAUACCGCCAAAAUCGAAUACGAGCCUUAUCCGCCCAUCCUGUCCAUCAUCAAACUGACCAACCCGGCUGCGGGCACCACUCCGACCACAUUGAAGGAAAAAGACCUCCCUUCGGCGAAAACAUUGACCAGUCGCCAAACCAGUUUCCAGAAAUGGCUGAAGGAGGCCAAGGAAAAGGCGGGCAUCGACAUGUCCACCAAGGUCCGAGUUUGGAAGAUCGUCAAGCUUCCUCACAGCACAACCACAUCGGCUGCGGUAACCCCCGCUACCUCCCGUACCGCAUCCCCAGCUCCUCCUCCAUCGGCUCUCAUCCCCAGCACCGCAGAUAAGCUGCUCCUCGAUCUGAACGCUUUCCUCGGACUGUCGGAGGGCACCCACCGUGUGCUGCUCGAGCACGUCAAAGACGAAACCAACAAUCCCAAAUACAAUGGUCGCAUGUCAUUGGACAUUGCAGGUCUGGGCUCCGCGGAUCGUGUCGUUCUGGAAGAACAGGUUGGCGGGUCCAAGGGUGGAGAAUGGGUCUCCGAGGCUUCUGCCAAAACCUUAAAGCGUCUGGGUAUCCCCGUGGAACUCAAGCUUGACAACAAGCCUAGCGCUCUCACCCUCGCCACCAAAAGCCCUCUCUCGAGCGGUCGGUCUACACCCGUUGGAUGUGUCACCCCGAAGAACAUGUUUGCUCGCGGUCGAAAGGGUCGACGACCGAGAGUUCUGGGGUUGGACAACCUUGGCAACACUUGUUACAUGAACUCUGCGAUCCAGUGUGUGCGAAGCAUUGAGGAACUCACCUUGUUCUUCCUGAGUGGCAAGUUCAAGUCUGAAUUGAACCCUAGCAACAAGCUCGGCUGUGGCGGUGACGUUGCUAAGAAUUGGGCUGGCCUGCUCGCGGAUCUUUACAACCCAGAUGCCCCCACGAACUACACUAACCCCGGAAAGUUCCGCCGCUCUGCUGGUAAACAGCGCUCAGAGUUCGCCGGUUAUGAUCAGCAUGACAGUCAAGAGUUUGUGAUGUUCCUUCUGGAUGCUCUGUCUGAGGAUUUGAGUCGCAUUGGCCAAAAGCCUUACACUACCAUCCCUGACUCUACGGAUGAGAUGAUCCACGAUCGCAAGGCUCUGGAGGAGUUCGGCAAGACAUGCUGGGAUCUUUACGAGUCACGCAAUGCCUCUGUUAUCACUGACCUGUUUUCUGGCAUGUACAAGUCGACUCUAAUCUGCCCCGAUUGCCACAAGACGAGUAUCAUCAUGGAUCCAUUCAGCACUCUGACCCUGCCCAUUCCACCUGGUCCUCAGCCCAUGUCCCGCAAAAUCACAUUUGUGCCCCAGCAGGGCCCGCCUGUUUCCCUCAAUGUUCAACUUGACGCUUCGGACAGCUUGAAGACCUGGAAGAAUUUCGUCGGGGAACAGAUGGGCGUCGAUGGAGCUCGCAUCUUUGCCGCGGAGACCCACAGCAAUGCGUUCUGGAAAUAUUUCCUUCACGAUGACAGCUCCUUUGAGAGUCUCGAAACAGGCCCCCAUGACGUUCUCGUGUUCUAUGACUUGGGACCUGUCUCGGAGUCCAAUGAGGAUGAUGUUGUCGUCCCUGUCUUCCACCGCAGAACCGGCCCGCGCAAGAAGGCGACCUCGUCAGCUCUCUUUGGAAUUCCGUCAGUGAUUCGUCUAUCCCACGAUGAAGCAGAGGAUCUCGAAGCUGUUUACCGCAAGCUUCUCAAGCUUUCCAACAACAUGACGACACGCGAUAUUCUCACCCCAGAGAAGUCUGGAUCGGAUGACCACGCCGCCGACGACUCGGAUACUGUGGUCACCAAUGAGGAUGACGCACAGUCGGCCGAUUCCAGGGUCAAGACAUCCUCUGUUGAUGGCGAAGACAGCAUUGUGGAUAUUUCGAUGCACGAUGCCCAAGCAGCCAAGCCUGCUGAAGACACGGAGAUGUCGGGUUCUGACUCGGAAUCUACUAAGACCCCUAAGAAUCCCUUGACCGGCAAGAUUCCCGCGCACCUGUUGGCUCUUUUCGAUGCCAAGGUUCUCAGCAGCAAGAAUGGUUUACCCGAUGGCCGUAACGUCGGUGCUAAAGACUACCCAUUGCUUUCUUCCCGCAUUGCUUCCCCUCAAUCCUCGCGCAAGAACUCUGAUUCCGCGUCGCGUGCUUCCGCAGACAACAGUGACGGGUACUCUGACACGGAUGGCUCAGACGAGGAGCCCAGCCACGCCACGCAACUUCUUCGCCAGGGUGAUGCCCUUGUCCUUGACUGGAGCCCAGAGGGCCAUGACUCCCUCUUUGGCGGAAGACAACGUGAUUCUGAAGAAGGUCGUGGUGUGCCUACCUACAUCAGCCCCAAGAACGUCUAUGAUCACAUUUCGCAACGCCGAUCCUCACUCAAGAAAUCCUCCUCUGUGACUCUCGACGAAUGCCUGGACAUCUUCAGCAAAUCGGAAGUCUUGUCUCGUGGGGACACCUGGUAUUGCCCCGGGUGCAAGGAUCACGUCCAAGCUACCAAGAAGUUCGACUUGUGGAGAGCUCCUGAUGUCAUGGUCGUUCAGCUCAAGCGAUUUGGCCAACUACGUCGCCAUCACAGCAAGAUCAACACUGUCGUUAACUUCCCCCUGGAAGGUCUUGACUUGACCGGCCGAGUCCAAGGACCUAGCGAUGGAAAGAGCUUGGAGUAUGAUUUGGUCGCCAUUGAUAACCACAUGGGCUCCAUGGGUGGCGGUCACUACACUGCUUACAUCAAGGACUUCAUGUCUGGUGAUUGGUACCACUGCAAUGACUCGAGCGCGCGCCUUGUGACCAACCCGCAAACUAUGAUCGCAUCCAGCGCUUACCUUCUCUUCUACCGCCGCCGCUCCGAACGUCCCCUGGGCAACAAGGAGCUGCAAGAGUUGGUCGAAGCCUACAAGAACCCCCCUGGUAGUGAAUCCGGCGCAUCCUCUCCCACCCAGUCACCUACGGGGGAAGGCCAGCGUCUUGGCGACUCUUCCCGCAAUGGGUCGUCGAGCGCCUUGGUCGGAGCCGGAGCAGCUCCCCGAGCGGGCAAUGGUUCGCCAGUUGAGAACCCGGGGGCGAGUGAGGAAUAUUCCACCACCGACGACAGCGACGCGGACUCUGAUGACGGCCAAGGUAUGAGACUCACCAACAACGGCCUCGAGGCCCUCGGACAGGCAUCCGAUCCCCUCGAUUUCUCCCAGGAACCCUCUUGGUCUUUCGGCAACUUGACCGGCGCUCACGCUAUCUCACAGAUAACUCCUGGUAAUGCGCCACUUGAUGACAGCGGCCUCUUUGACGACGAUGACGAGAUCGACAGCAAUCUGGCCGUUGGUGACGAUGACCUGGACCCGGAUACCCGCAUGAUCGAGUUAGAAGAUUCUCACUCUGUCCACCCGGAUCGUGCAUCGUUCGAAGAUGUCUCCCACCUCAUGGAUGACGACUCUGACGAUGAGCUACCCGUUGUGGAGCUACGAGUCGGCGACGAGGACAAGAUGGCCUCGGAUUGA